UACCCUUGAUGGCUCUAUCUUCCAUUCUUUGUUUCUCUUUCUUUCUCAUUCUCAACUCCCUUACAUCAGUGGCUCCACAAGGUCAAUGGGACCUCCUCCAGCGAAGUAUUGGCAUAUCAGCCAUGCACAUGCAGCUACUCAACAACGAUCGUGUCGUCAUCUUCGACCGCACCGACUUCGGCCCUUCCAAUAUCUCCUUGCCCGACGGCAAAUGCCGGAAUGAUAACAAUGACGAGGCCCUCAAACAUGACUGCACUGCUCACUCCGUAGAGUAUAAUAUCCAUACCAAUUCUAUACGACCCCUUAUGGUCCUAACCGAUACCUGGUGUUCUUCCGGUGCCGUCUCCGCCACCGGAGUUCUCAUACAAACCGGUGGAGAUAACGACGGCGGCCGUGUUGUUAGGCUUUUCAAGCCGUGUAGUACUUGUGAUUGGCAAGAGAUUCCAAAUGGACUCAUUCAAAAACGCUGGUAUGCCACGAAUCAUAUAUUACCGGAUGGACGGGUCAUCGUCAUCGGCGGCAGAUUACAGAACAAUUACGAGUUCUAUCCCAAAUCAACAUCGACCAACGGUGUAUAUUCGUUACCAUUCUUAACACAAACGAGUAAUCUCUACCCUUUUGUUCACCUCAAUGUGGAUGGCAACUUAUUCAUCUUCGCCAACAAUCAAGCAAUCUUGUUCAACUACAACACUAACUCAGUCAUGAAAACCUUCCCGGUAAUUCCGGAUCAUCAGCGUCGGACCUACCCUUUCACUGGCUCCUCAGUUCUUCUCCCACUAAAGAACUUACAACAGUCUUCUUCGGUGGAAGCUGAGGUCCUCAUCUGUGGUGGAGCUCCACUGGAGUCAAAGCAGGAGACUGCCAAAUCAGGGAGAUUCAUAAAAGCCUUAAACACAUGUGGGAGGAUCCGAAUUACUGACCCGAAUCCAAUAUGGACCAUAGAGACAAUGCCCCUUGCUAGAGUGAUGGGAGACAUGGCCUUACUCCCUAACGGCCAAGUAUUGAUCAUCAACGGGGCCGGAAGGGGGUUUGGAGAGUGGGAAUCUGGCAGAGAUCCAGUAUUUCACCCAGUUUUGUACCGACCCGAUUACCCGAAUGGGUCUCGCUUCCAAAUGCUAAACCCAUCUUCCAUCCCACGAAUGUACCACUCGACUGCAAUCUUACUCCGUGAUGGUCGAGUUUUAGUGGGAGGAAGCAAUCCCCAUCAGUACUACAACUUCACCGGCGUUCUUUUUCCGACGGAAUUAAGCUUAGAGGCAUUCUCACCGGUUUAUUUGGAUUCGAAAUUUUCGACACUACGGCCUACGAUCAUCGCCCCUGCGUCAUAUACUAAGCUAAGUUAUGGGCAACGUUUUGUGUUAAAGUUUUCAGUGUCAGGUUCGGUGAAGAAGAACAUGAUAGAGGUGACAAUGGUGGCUCCAUCUUUCACAACACACUCGUUCUCCAUGAGUCAGAGGCUGUUGGUGUUGGGUGGUAGCAAUGUGAUUGCAGUGACGAACUCAUCUUAUGCUAUGGCAGUGACAACUCCAAAAUCAUCUUUCCUGGCACCUCCUGGGUAUUAUCUUUUAUUCCUGGUUCAUCAAGAUAUACCUAGUGAGGGGAUAUGGGUUCAAAUCCAGUGAUAUUUUUAAUUUUUUGGUAAUAAGACAAUGGGCAACUAUAAGAGUUUUGAAUACACCCAUGGAGGUGUCAUUUAGAAGGUCUCUUAUUGUAAACUUUGGGAAUAAGAAGAGGUAUUCUACCCAAAAAACAGGAA